AUGUCUGACGGUCAUGGGGAGCCAAAUCCACAUAGGAAGGAGAGCGUUGCCACUGCUAAUGUGCCCAGCGACAGUCCAGUAACAGAUCCUGGCCAUGUUCGUGGUGGAAACCCUGCUGAUGGUACUGCUGGAAAAUUCGAGGGUCAGCGAGGAAAAUCUGGCGCUCUGAAGAAGUCCGCAAGAUAUAGAAGUAGAUCACUUUCAGCUUCAUCUGCUGAUUCUUAUAGCUCUACAUCUUAUACCGGGUCUUCCUCCGAUGAGGAUGAAGGAGUACAGCCACACGAGAAGGCCAUAGCCGCCGGCCAAGCCAACCCACCAUACUGUGUUCGGAAUGUAGAACAGAAUGCAUUCGGAAGGAGGGAGAUUGAGAUCGCUGAACAGGAGAUGCCAGGAAUCAUGGCGUUGAGGGCCAGGGCUAAAGAUGACAAGCCUUUGAAGGACGCUAAGAUCGUAGGCUGCACACACAUCAAUGCUCAAACAGCAGUUCUGAUAGAAACGUUAGCCGCCCUCGGUGCGACUGUACGUUGGGCGGCCUGCAACAUCUACAGCACUCAGAAUGAAGUCGCCGCCGCUUUGGCGCAUGCUGGUUUCGCAAUAUUCGCAUGGCGUGGUGAAAGUGAAGAGGCAUUUUGGUGGUGUAUCGAUCAGUGUUGCACUCCAACUGGUGCCUGGCAACCGAAUAUGAUAUUAGAUGACGGCGGAGACGCAACACAUCUCAUGUUAAAGAAACACCCCAACACUUUUAAACAGAUAAAGGGGAUAGUAGAGGAAAGUGUGACGGGCGUUCACAGAUUAUAUCAAUUGAGUAAGGCUGGAAAAUUGUGCGUUCCUGCCAUGAAUGUAAACGAUUCUGUCACUAAGACGAAGUUUGAUAAUUUGUAUUCUUGUAGAGAAAGUAUAAUAGAUGCACUGAAACGUAGUACAGAUCUAAUGUUCGGUGGAAAACAGUCGGUGGUGUGCGGGUACGGGGAGGUUGGAAAGGGGUGUUGUCAAGCGUUGAAGGCUUUGGGAUGUGUUGUGUACGUUACAGAAAUUGAUCCCAUAUGCGCACUCCAAGCCGCCAUGGACGGAUUUCGGGUCGUCAAGUUAAAUGAGGUAAUAAGGCAAGUGGACAUAGUAAUAACGGCCACAGGAAAUAAAGGCGUGGUCACACGAGAGCAUAUGGAGCGUAUGAAGAACGGUUGUGUUGUUUGCAACAUGGGCCAUAGUAAUACUGAAAUUGAUGUGCAUUCUCUGAGGACCCCGGACCUACUGUGGGAGAGGGUGAGAAGCCAGGUGGACCACAUUAUAUGGGGGAAUGGCAAGAGGAUAGUGUUGCUAGCAGAAGGUCGUCUCGCGAACUUAUGCUGCUCUUCCUUGCCAUCCUUCGUGGUGUCGGUGACUGCGGCAACCCAGGCCCUCGCCCUCAUAGAGCUGUACAACGCCCCUCAACACAGAUACAAGGCCGAUGUAUACCUCUUACCAAAGAAAAUGGACGAAUACGUAGCGAGCCUGCACUUACCUACUUUUGACGCACAUUUAACCGAAUUGACAGACGAGCAGGCUAAAUACCUAGGUCUCAAUAAAGUGGGACCCUUCAAACCUAAUUACUACAGAUAC